GUCGACUGACAAGGACACUGUAGCUCUUAUAUAUACAAAUAUCUUCUCCAAUAUCUGUUGUGCUAGUAAGGGCGUUUGCUUGGUGCAGAAUAAAAGUAAAGUGCAAAUUUUGUUAAAUAACCUGUCAAAAAUGUGGAAUCUUCAUCGUCCGAAAGGGGAAUGCCGUAACAAAAUUAUCAAACGGGCAAAGAAUACUAUGAUAUUCAUCAAAGUUUAUAUUUUCAUGAUGGUAGGACUUACUGUAGCGUUUGGUUUUCCACCUCUACAGUACAUGCUCUCUCAAUAUUUAACUCGAAAGUCAUUAAAUUACACCUAUGAUUAUUCAGUGAGAGUAUUCAUAAUAGAAUAUCCAUUCGAUAUUAAUUCUCCACUAAUUUACUGGCCUAUUCUGUGUCAAGAAUUCUGGAUACUGAUUGGUUUAGCCACCUGUUGGGUCACCGGUGAUACGUUAUUUGCUUCUUUGAUAACUCAGUUGACUAUACAGUUUGAGAUUCUGGAGAACGAUAUAAAUUCUCAGGUAAAGCACGAUACCAACGAAAUAAAUUUGAAAAGAAAUUUAAUUAUUUUAGUACAUCGACAUCGAAUGAUUUUACGUGUUACUGAAGAAUUAGAACGGAUUUUUAGCCCAAUCAUCUUUGUGAAUGCUAUAGUUGCCUCAAUGAUUAUUUGUGUUAAUGUAUUUGUAAUAGAAAAGCAGGUGACUGCAGGAAUUUAUAUGGAAGCUGCAUAUAACACUUUUAUAACAAUGAAUACAUUUUUGCAAAUAACAGUAUAUUACGUAUUCGCUGAAACCUUAACGCAAACGUGUCUAUCCAUAUCUAACACAAUAUAUGAGUGUGGAUGGGAAAAUCAAAAUCGAGACAUUAGAACGUAUAUUCAAAUACUACUGAUGAAAACACAAAAACCUAUUUACUAUACUGCUUAUGGAUUAUUUACCUUGACACAUGAACAGUUGAUUAAGAUCGGGAACACAGCUGUGUCUUAUUAUAUGAUGCUACGAACUACAAACCAAAGAUCAGCUAGUUUUUAAAUUUUUUAUCUGAACAAUUUAGCCCCUACUAAAGAUUGCGAAUUUCGUGAAAUAAAUCUGCAAGUUUAUCGUUUAUAAAUUUUAUUUUGUAAUGUUAACAUGUUGCAAAUAUAAUCUAGAUAAUAAUUUGAUAUUCUAGAGAUGUUUUUGUAGAUGUUACAUU